GUGACGUCAUCCCUGCUGGUGGUCGACGAGGAGGCGGCGGCGGCGGCGAGCGGCAGCAGCAGCAGCGGCGGCGGAGGCGGCGGCGGCAGCGGCAUGGCCGACACCGGAGCGCAGCGUUUAUUGUUCACCGAGGACCUCGUCUCCGCGAGCUCGGCCUCGGGCGAGCCCAGAUACGGAGUCGUGGGCCUCAUCCACGGCGACAUGAGCAGCGGCGAGAGCUCGGAGACGGACGACGAGGAGAACAAGGCCAAGCCGCUCAAGCGCGGGUUCGUGCGCGUCCAAUGGUACCCGCUCGGCAGCCGGCAGGACGCGAAGGAGUGCAAGCUGAAGCUCGUAGACCGAUCUUUGAUGCCGAGAGACAUCGUCAGACGUGGCGGGAAUCAGUUGGAGGCUCAGUCUGGAACCGUGCUUGAUGUCAAGGUCUACUGCACCGUUGUGCUGCUCGGAUCUGGAGAAAUGAUCUACCCCGUGAACACCAGAGACCUUAGCUACUUCACGCCGUAUGCGUAUGGGGACUACGUGCAGAUGGAUUGCUGGCUGGGACGUGUGCUUGACGUCAAGUCGCAGUUGAUCAUCACACUGUCGAAUGGCGCCAGGUGUGCCAUGAGCGUGGACGACGCCUGCAAACUUCAAGACGUGAAUCCUCACCCAAGUGACUCGGGAGUGUUUUUCAGCGAGCACUCGGGGUUCUACCCCAGCCAGUUGCUCAUUGGGCCAUCCAAGUCCUUUGCGAACGUGCAAUGGUUGUCUGGUGUGAAGCCAGUUAUCCGAAAGAAAAGCAACUUUAAAGCUCUGGUGGAGAAGGUGGAAGUGGCCACGAUGGAAGUGCGGUGGAUCACCAUGGGUUACUCUUCUGGGAAAGCAGUCUCUUCCAUAGACCCGCCGAGUUCAAUCGUUACGCAAGAGCUCCUACCAAGAAUUCAGAGAUUAAACUUCUACGACCACGCACGAAUGAUGAUGGGGGAGCGCGUCAUGUACAACAUCAGCUCCAGCGCCAAAAUCUUGCACGGCAAACCAGACAAGGACUUCUUUGAUUGGAACCCGCCGUUGAAUGAAAAUGUUGACGAUGACAAGAGCGAAGAGCUGCAUGUGGUGUGCAUGUCUCCCAGCAACUCGGCGAGCCGGCUGGCUGGAGACUUGGCUGCCGCGGACGAUGUAAACGGUGAAGGGAAAGAGUCUACGGUGAAAAAAAACGAUGAAAAUUGCGAAGAUAUUGCAGACAAACAGCGAGGGGCCUUUGGGGAACUUGAGGUGGCGCUUGGCGACAGGAGUCUAGUUUGGGAGAACCACACCCUGAGCAUCGCCAAUGACUUGGUGACGAUUAGCUACACGCCUUUCUGCCACAGUUUCUCCGUUGACCACUUCACGGAGCAGCCAGGCGGGCGGGCGUUGCUCGCCUACCUGCACGGGAAGAAGGAGGAAGACGACCAGCUGCCGGUGUUGCUCCAGAGCUUCGUCAAGGAAUUCUUAAAAAGCAGAGUGGCGGGCAACGAGAAUCACGUCGUCGCGCGCGAAGCCGCGCGCAGCGACGGAGCGGUGGUGAACGACGACGGUAAGAGGCAGGGAGAGAGCGACGGCAUGUUCAAACCCGUCUCCGGCUCCAAGAGGGCCAAGGUGUCCCCGACCGGACGCACGUCGGAGCCGGAGGACGGCGAAGCGGAUUGGACGGACGAAAGCGACGAGACCAGUUCCGUCUCCUCCUUGAGUUCCACGGCAUCCUCCCAGGGCUGGCCGCCCGGCAGAAGGAAGCAGCCGCUUCCGCUCAACGUGAAGAAGCUCAAGAAGAAGAUGAAACAGAAGCGCAAGCCCAAGGUCACCCGUGAAAUCCGUUGUGGUGACAGGCUGGCAGUGGAGGUGGUUCACACCAAGACGUACGCAGACGUGAUGUGGCAGAACGGCCAAGUGGAGGUGAAUAUCCGAUCCAAUGACUUGAUUCCUGUGCAACACAUGGAUGAAAAUGAGUUCUGGCCUGGGACAUUUGUUAUGGACAAACGAGAGUCAUCGGUCUAUAACGAGCCCAAGGAAGUGUACGGCGUGGUCAAGUCUGCCGACCACAGGGGUCGAACCUGCUGCAUCGCAUGGUACACCUUGGAUACGGACCGCUUUGGCAUGAAGGCCCCGGUACUGCUUCAUCAAGAAGAGGAUGUCAGCGUUUACGAUAUCUCUGACCACGUAGACUUUCAGUUCCAGAUCUCCGACACCGUUAUCCGUUUGAGCAAAACCGAGAUGAUAAUCCCAACCACCGAGGAGCCAUGCAUUGGACAAGUUGUGAACAUGGACGAGUCUGGGAAAGUGAAGGUGCGGUGGAUUAACAACAGUAUCUCCAGCUUGUAUCCACAGGAGCUCUUUAAGGUAAACUCGGAUUUCGAGGACUCCGACCUGGACUCGUUGGAGGAGGAGUGCGAGGAUGAUUGGAGCGACGACUUGGACAGCUGGGAGACGGACGACGAUGUCACCGAGACGGAAAACCAAGCGUCGGCUGCCGCCGUCGAGGACAAGCCCGGCGAGGGCCCCGCCGACGCGGUGCCCCCUUCUCCCGCUGCCGACAAGCGCUCCAAACCCCAGCAGCACCUCUCCGAGGCGGAGGCCGACGGCUCGAAGGGCGCGUCCGGUGGUCGUGCGGGAGCCAAGAACCCCGAAGCGAGCGCCAGGGAACCAGCCGGAGCCGAAUCUGGAGCCACGGCGUCCGUGUUGAAUCGGGCCAGCAUGGAUCUACCAGAAAUUAAAGAGGCGACGGUGCGUCUGCUGGAGAGCCUCAAGAACAUGACGGUGGAGCAGGUGCUCGUGGGCUCGCCAACCACCGCGGCGCAGCCCUGCCCCGAGAGGCCGAGCCGCGACCACAAGUUCCUCAACGACAUCAAGAAGCUGCAGGAGCUGCUCCGGAAGACCAUGGACAGCAUGACGUCCGCAGAGGACGACGAGGAGGCGGAGAAGCCUUCCAAUGAGAAGGAGGAAGCGGCGGUGUUCAAUGCCAGCAAAACGGCCAGCGACGCGCCCGUGCUGUGCGAGUGUAGCGGUGCCCAGCCCGGAGUGAUCCUCACCAGUGCACAGGGAGAAGUCUUCUCGGUGCUCGAGACCGCCCCAGACUCGCACAUGUUCAAGAAGACCGAAUUUCAACCAUCGGAUUCCAAAAAGUUUUUCGGCUCCGUCAGAAAGGAGAUGGCGCUGCUGGCAACGUCGCUGCCAGAGGGCAUCGUCGUGAAGACUUUUGAGGACCGCAUGGACCUGUUCUCGGCGCUGAUCCACGGCCCAGCGAGGACUCCGUACGAGGACGGCCUUUUUGUCUUCGACAUUCAGCUCCCCGCCAUUUACCCGUCCUGCCCCCCUUCCUUCCAAUAUCUCUCCCAGUGCAGCGGCCGCCUCAACCCCAACCUCUACGAGAACGGGAAAGUGUGCGUCAGCCUGCUGGGCACCUGGGUCGGAAAGGGAACAGAGAAGUGGACUAACAAGUCAAGUCUUCUUCAAGUGCUGAUUUCUAUCCAAGGGCUCAUCUUGGUGAACGAGCCGUACUACAACGAGGCGGGCUUCGAGAGUGACCGAGGCCUGCAGGAAGGCUACGAGAACAGCCGCUGCUACAACGAGAUGGCGCUCAUCAAGCUCGUGCAGUCCAUGACGCUGCUGCUCAACCACCCGCCCGCCGUCUUUCAGCACGAGAUCCGAGAGCACUUCCAGACGCGCGGCUGGCGCAUGCUGCACCGCCUGCAGGCCUGGCUCGACCUGCACCAGCUGCUGCAGCAGCAGCAGGAGUGCCUCGCGGCGUCGCCGCUGUCCGCCGAGGACCGCGCGUCUCCGCCCGCGCUCCAGCGGGGAGCGUCCCCGCACGGCGGCUCUCGAAGCAGCAACUCCGAAGCCGCCGAAGCCCAAGUUGCGGAGGACGACUGCGCCAUGGAGUGCGACUCCUCGGCCGGCGGAGGAGCCGUCGGCGGUGCCGUCGGUGGUGCCGUCGGUGGUGCCGUCGGCGGUGCCGUUGGUGGAGCCGUUGGCGGUGCCGUCGGAGGAGCUGUCGGCGGUGCCGUCGGAGGAGCUGUCGGCGGUGCCGUCGGCGGUGCCGUCGGCGGAGCCGUCGGCGGAGCAGUUGGCGGUGCCGCGCAAGCCGGCGCCGCGUCCGCGCAGGAAGAGGGGGAUGCCGACGAGGGUGCCGGAGCGGUCUUCGGUGGCGAGCCGACGGGGGAGAGGGCGCGCGCCGAGGGCAAGGCGCUCGACAAGUCGGGCGAAGAGGCGGAGAGCGCCGUGAAACCCAAGAAGCGCAAGAAGAGCUACCGCACCUUCCUGCAGGGGAAGAGCGGCUACCCCGACGUGGGCUUCCCUCUCUUUCCCCUUUCCAAGGGUUUUAGCAAAAGCCUCAAGACUUGUCUCCAGCAAUAUCAGUCCAUUCUGGUGUCCUUGGGCAUCCCCGACAACAUCGUGGGCAAGCCAGAGAGCAGCGCGGCACGCACAGACGCGCAGAUGGAGACGGAGCCGGUACCAGAACAUGAGCAACGUGACAGCGGCAGGCAUUAACCGUGUCCUCCAGGCAGCUUUAUCGGUCCGCUAUCAGAUUUACCAGGAACGCAAGACACAAACUAAAAUAUCAAUGCAUGUUUUGAAAGGUCACUAAAGGACGGUGCAUCGUUAACAAAAAAAAAAAUCCGAACGUGGUUUGUGGGAUACCUCAAGCAGAGCUCUUGUUAUUAAAUUCCCAGUUCGAUCGCCAAUGUUUGUACGUGCGCAAAUGUACAAAUUCUCAGUAAUAUUUUUACUGUUGAGGAAAAUUAAUGGGAAUGUGUUGAUAAACCGCAUUAAAGAUUAAACGUGAAAAACAUGGUAAACCGCUUGUGAUGCCUGUUAUCUGAAUGUCACUUUCUGAUUAUAAUAUUUUUUUUCUAUUGCCACAAGCGUGUGUGAAAUACUUAUUGAAAUGUGUUGCCGAUUGUCAUAUGGAGCGCACAAAGCUUUGCGUGCUUAGACGGCACAGUUGAGCCGACGUCCGUGACCAGGGUUCAUCCUCACAAUAGUGAAGGGGCGGUGGGCGUGUGGGUCACCAGCCUUGAGCGCUGAGCCAGCCACCGCUGAGAACCUGGUAUCAAACUCGGUUCUCAGGCGUCUCGAGCUGCGAUGGCAUCUGCCCUGGUCACAAGCGCUUUAUUGUGGCGAAAUUCUCGCUCUUGGAAUGACAAAUGUCACUUUGACGAUCACGCAAAACAAAUAUUCCCAUUGCAGGGAGCGUGAGAGAGUGGAUGACCCCUCCCGUAUAAAGAAUGGAAACGCGACAGAAUUUUUCUGGAGCAACGAAAGAUCUCUUCCGUCGUCAAUCCUGUGACACGGCCAAGCGCCGCAUUGCAAUGUUUGCGAUUUAAUUAAUCUCGACACACAGAUGCCGAGAGCACACAUUAAGAAUACAUUUUUGGGGAGGGGGGUGGGGAAGUAAAAAACAUUGGAGCCUUGAGUCACUUUUCUGGAGGCGCGAGGUCCCGAGUAUAAUGACUGGUGGUCACCCAAGCUGCUGAUACAUUUUAUCUUGCGCUUGCGUCACAGUCAUCGAUCCAACCGUGACAUUUACACGAUCCCAAUUUAGCGUGUCAGAAAUCACGGCGGUGGCGGCGCCGUCGUAUGCCUGACAUUCAGCACCGGAGGCGGCGAGGGUUUGGAGGGUCGAACAAAUGUCGUGAAACUCCCUGGCACGUGGUUGUCCGGAGUGCCCCCCGUGCCCUCCAACCUGUUCCAUCUGCACGAGAUCGAUUAUUAUUGGACCCAUCGCACGCGCGGCUUUUUCGCUGGGUGCUCCAGUUUCCUCCCAACUGUAAAUACUCAUAAAUUGGCCGAUAACACCUUCAAAUGAAUCUAGAUAUAGGAUCGCAGAGCUUGUGGAAUUGGGCACCAGCGCACGCCGUGGCUGCCGUUGCCUCUGGACCUGCGCUCCCUCGCGCCUCCCGAAUUGUUCUCGCGUCGGAAGCGAGCGGAUGCCGCGCGGAGCGUUACACGUUGGAAGUUAUUACAAUAAAGAGACUGAAAAAUAUAUAUGCAUUUCUUUUUGAGGUUUACAAGUCGAUGAUAACUUUGGGACAAAAAAAAAUCCCAUCUCCGUGAUGAUUUUGUAAUCGCUCCCAUGUCGCUGUCGUUUCAGGUUGCAGUGCGGUGUCCGUUCAUAAACAGUGAUGCGCCAUGA